GGGUGGAGAAGAGAGAGAAAGAGACACACACACACACACACACACACAGAGUCCGUAGGCUCUACUUUUUGACUUCAAACCCAAAAGGAGCCAAGAAAAGUCUCUCUCCCUCUCUGGAUUUAUAGCUCUCUCUAUCGUUCUGUUUUUCUCUCAAUUAUAUUAUCUAGUGGUGGGAUCGUUUAGGCAAAACCAGUUUGAGUUCUUCCGCUAGUUUUGCUAUUUCUUCCUAUUCGAUAGAAUCAAGGAGGGAAUAAGCCAUGUGUAGUGGUUCCAAGAGGAAAACCAAUCCGGCUAGUUUAGUCAUGGGGGGUAGUGAAUUUGGGAAAAAGGUGGGAGUUUUAGAUAAUUACUCGGUUUUGCUUGAAUUAGCGGCGGCUGAUGACCUGGUCGGCUUUAGAGCUGCGGUAGAAGAAGACGGUCAUGGCGUUGAUGAGCCAAGCUGCUGGUAUGGGAGAAGAAUUGGGUCCAAGGAGAUGACCUUUGAAGAGAGGACUCCCCUCAUGAUUGCAGCUAUGUUUGGCAGCAAGCAUGUUUUGAGUUAUAUGCUUGAAACUGCGCGAGUUGAUGUUAACAGGGCGUGUGGUUCGGAUGGAGCCACCGCCCUUCAUUGUGCUGUGGCUGGCGGUUCUGGUUCUUCGCCUGAUGUUGUUAAGCUUUUGCUCCACGCUUGCGCGGACUCCAAUUCUCUUGAUGGUAAUGGGAACCGACCUGCUGAUUUGAUCUCUCCAUUGUUGGGUUCGUCCUUCAAUUCAAAGAGGAGGGUGCUGCUGCGCCUGCUAGAGGGCGGUUGUGAUAUUGGAGAAGAGUGUAUAUUUGAGGAUCAGACCGUCAAAGAUACUGAAGAACAACUGGAUCAAUUGACAUUGAAACCAGCUGCAUCGAAAGAUGGAACUGAGAAGAAAGAGUAUCCGGUUGAUCUUUCUCUACCGGACAUUAAGAAUGGGAUAUAUGGGACGGAUGAGUUCAGGAUGUAUGUUUUCAAGGUGAAGCCUUGCUCAAGGGCUUACUCUCAUGACUGGACAGAAUGCCCUUUUGUCCACCCUGGGGAAAAUGCCAGGCGGCGUGAUCCACGAAAGUAUCAUUAUAGCUGCGUGCCAUGUCCUGAGUUUCGGAAGGGUACAUGCAGGCAAGGGGAUGCUUGUGAGUAUGCCCAUGGAAUUUUUGAGUGCUGGCUUCACCCUGCACAGUAUCGAACCCGGCUAUGCAAGGACGAGACAGGAUGCACCAGAAGGGUGUGCUUCUUUGCACAUAAGCCUGAAGAUCUUCGCCCCUUGUAUGCUUCAACUGGGUCGGCAGUGCCUUCUCCGAGAUCAUUCUCAAAUGGUGCUUCGUCAUUGGAUAUGACAUCAAUAAGCCCCCUCAAUCUUGGUUCACCAUCCCAUUUGAUGCCGUCCACUUCAACACCGCCCAUGUCUCCAUCAGCGGCUUCAUCUCUGGGAGGGUCGAUGUGGCAGAACCAGCCCAACAUCGUGCUGCCGACUCUGCAGCUUCCUGGUAGCCGGUUGAAAACUGCACUGAACGCUAGGGACAUGGACUUAGAUGCUGAAAUCCUUGGACUGGAAAGACUUCGUCGCCAACAACAGUUGAUAGAUGAGAUCUCAGGACUGUCCUCCCCGACCAGUUGGAAUAAUUCCUUCGUCAAUGCUGCAGCAUUUGCUACCUCCCUCGUUGACCGAAAUGGGGAGUCCAACAGGCUAGGAGGCCUUAAACCUACUAACCUUGAUGAUGUUUUUGGAUCUCUUGAUCCCGUAGGUUUGACCCAGUUACACGGGCUUUCUCUGGAUGCGCCUGGAUCCCAGGUCCAGUCUCCGACAGGAAUGCAGAUGCGCCAGAACAUAAACCAACAGCUACGUGCGAGCUACCCGACAAGCCUUUCAUCCUCGCCAGUCAGGGCAUCAUCGUUUGGGGUUGACCCAUCUGGCCCUACUGCAGCUGCAGUUUUGAAUUCAAGGGCAGCUGCAUUUGCAAAGAGGAGCCAGAGCUUCAUUGAUAGGAGUGGUGCACACCGUCUGUCCGGGAUUUCUUCACCGGCUUCUUCUGCUAAUAUGGUACCUCCCAACCUUUCAGAUUGGGGAUCCCCGGAUGGCAAAUUGGACUGGGGCGUCCAGAAAGAAGAGUUGAGCAAAUUAAGAAAAUCUUCUUCUUUCGGGUUCCGCAGCAGCAGCAGUUUAUUACCUACUGCACCGUCAAUGUUGGACACCUCCGACGAUCCAGAUGUGCCUUGGGUUCAGUCUCUGGUGAAGGUGGAAAAGCCCGGCGAGUUUUGCCUAGAGAACCAGCAUCAGCAAUAUAGUCCAAACAGCGGAAGCCCUGAAUUACUCCCUUCAUGGGUGGAGCCGCUUUACAUGGACCAGAAGCAGAUGGUUGCUUAACAAUGUUAGGGUCCAAAUUGGUUUUCAUUAUUUACAAUCUGAGAAGAUUUCUUGCUAUUUUUUCAAUUAUUAAUUUUUGAAUUGUUAA